GAGGAGGUGAGGGUGGGGGGAGAGACAUCAGACACAGAGACCAGGGUACAAACCUGACAGCGCACAGCCCUCUACAGCAUUAACAUUAGCGCUUUAUUUUCAAAUAAAAACAUUUCUGGCCUUCAAAAUUGAUAAGCAAGGUCACACUGAGGAAAGAAGACAUGUCACAGGAGAAGACUGGCUACCCUGUAAUGGGGGAGAACAAACCCCUUCACAAUAAUGUCUAUGGGCCACCCCAGCCUGAUGCGUUUGGGAUGCCUCCACCCAACUACAGCCAGGCUCCAGGAGGACUCUCUUACCCAGUACCAGGACCGUAUGGCCAGCCAGGUUUUCCCCAGGGGGCACCAGGGUUUGCUCCUGGACCAUACCCUCAGAUGCCCUUCCCACAAAUGCCAUACCCUCAAGGCCCAUAUCCACAGGGGCCGUAUCCUCAAGGGCCAUACGCUCAGGGCCCCUAUCAAGGGCCAGGACAGCCUGCUUUUGAUGGAGACCCCAAUGCUGGCAUGGGCAGUCCGGGGUAUCAUAGUGGAGAUGGGCCUCCUUCAUAUUAUGACAAUGAGGAGUUUGCCAACUCAGGCUGGGAGGACAAGACUAUCCGCCAGGCCUUCAUCAGGAAGGUGUUCAUGGUCUUAACUGUACAGCUGAUGGUGACGUUCUCCUUCGUUGCCGUCUUCACCUUUGCAGAUGACGUCAAGCUAUUUGUACGACAGAAUCGGUGGACGUACUAUGUGUCCUAUGCAGUCUUCUUUGUGUCUCUCAUUGUGCUCAGCUGCUGUGGAGAAUUCCGACGCAAACACCCCUGGAAUCUGGUGGCACUGUCUAUUCUGACUCUCAGCCUGUCCUAUAUGGUGGGGAUGAUUGCCAGCUUCUAUGACACAGACACAGUCAUCAUGGCAGUGGGCAUCACAGCAGUAGUGUGCUUCACCGUGGUGCUGUUCUCCCUUCAGAGCAAGUACGACUUCACUUCCUGCCGGGGCGUGCUAUUUGUGUGCCUCAUCGUGCUCCUCCUUUUCUCCAUCCUCUGCAUCUUUAUCCGUCACAAGAUCUUGCACAUUGUCUAUGCCUCCCUGGGGGCUCUGCUCUUCACCUGUUUCCUGGCUGUAGACACUCAGCUUCUCCUAGGCAACAAGAAGCUGGCACUGAGCCCAGAGGAGUACAUCUUUGCUGCUCUGAACCUCUACACCGACAUCAUCAACAUCUUCAUCUAUCUCCUGGCCAUCGUGGGCCGCUCCCGGGAAUGAGCAAAAUGAGAUCAAUAAUAAAAAAGAAAAACACCACACACACAGUGGUUACAUUGCACUCGUUCUCUCAUCUUGUCUCUCAGUGUGUGUAGACCCUUCGUUCCAUAAUUCCCUCGGGUUUAGCAGAUAUGCAGGGUGGUCAGACUAAUAGCUCUAUGCAUCCAGCAGGCCUGGCGUGGAUCACAGCAAAGGAAGGGCAUAUUUAUUAAACAUUUAUUUGAAAAUCCAUCAUGUCGUCUGCUUGCUCGGCCCCUGAAAUGGCUUCUGUGCAUUUGGAAAAGGUACAGUGUAGUAUGAGUCACCAAUCGUAUCUAAACAGCAUGAGCAGACAUCUCUCUUCCCCUGACCCCUGCAAGCUUGGCACUGUGCCUGAUAAUGCUAGCACUGCGUUAACCGAGAGAGAGAAAGGCAGAAAGUUGGCAGAGAGGGCACUGAUAUAUUGUGUAGAGAAACAAAUCAUCAAAAUGGGAAGCUAAAUCAGUCAUCAUCUCUCUUUUUCUAUUCACUCUGCCCAGUCCGUGUGCUGGUAAAGUCUGCAUGGUAAACUAAAACAGUGAAGAAAGACAAAACUACUCAAAUCAGUCCCCUAAUACCUGCUUAUUAUAUAGCUGUAAAUAUUCGUAUGAAGUUUCUCCACUCGGCUCAGAGCAUGUCCAUGUACAUAAAUGGCUGUGGUGCAGCAUGGAGAAACGUGUGACAUCACCUUUUAGGAAGCAAUCACAUAUUAAGCACUCCAGAAAAUGGUUCAUUACUUCUUGCUAACCACAUACUACCACGUAACCUGUGUACAUAUAUUUCUACAUAAUGAUAACUUAUAUGAAAGUGUUUUUUUUUUUUUUUUAAAAAUGAAGGAAAGUUUAGUUGUGGAGUCUGUGCUGUUUGUAUCAUGUGAAAAGUGACUAUUGAAAGUUCUGUUAGCAUCAGUUGAUACAAUGAUUUAUUCCUCUGUUUCUCCCUUCAUUUUUUGUUAGGAUAUGAAAUUUUUUUUCUAUUUAUUUGGCACAUUUGUGUUUUGUUAUUUAAACUAGCAUGAAAUGCUUGCAUAUUGGAAUUAUUAUUUUUUUCCUUGUGAAGAGUGAGGGUAAAUCCACAGUGUUGCUUCUGUGUUGUUAUUUAUAAACUAUUUAUUACAGGUUACUGUAACCUGCAGGACUGUGGACGGCGUGCUUGCUUUUCUUAUAGGGCUCUGUUGUGCAAACCUCUUUACCACAGGCCAGCGUAAUGUGAGAUAUUUAGGAUCAUUUCCAGCUUAUCCAUCCUGUCACGGAUGACCAAGGGCAAACUGUGUUCUCAGAUCAGCACUUACUCUAGAAAGGUUGAUCACUGUAAAGCAGUUCUGUUUUAACAUUAGAGACUCUCAGUUGUGUUGCUCACGGCAUAUAAAUAAGUACAGUCUUUUUCAGAGUGGAAAACUGGGAAACGUCAGCAAAUUGUGUACACUACAACUAACACUAAAGGACAAGAUAUAUAAAAAAAAAUCUUCUGUAAAGUAAACAUGUACACAGAUGAGUAAUUUCCUAAUAUGUUCACUUAAUGGUUAAUUCGUGGCUUGAAUGUGAUUUAACAAAAUGUCCUCUAUCUUGUCUCAGAGUAUUCACUUCUACGUAAUAUUACAUGUUAAAGUUGCACGCUCCUUCCCUAGUUUGCAUGUAGAGAUCUCGCACACUGGGCUAGUUAAAGAAGUUUGAAGAUAAUGUUCAAUUUUAUUGUGCAGCUGCUGCAGCCCUGUUUUCUCAUUUGAUGAACAGUUUUGUGUUUGUAACUAACUCAUGUUUAACUGUAGUUGGCUUUGUAGCUCUCUCUGCACUGUACAUUUGCAUUAAACUGAAGUUGGACUGUAUCCCGUUACAUGACUGUUUGCAUUUCAUUAAAAGGGGUCAAUCAAAAAGA